GAACCUUUCUUGGCUGGAAAAGUUUUACUAAACAAAUAAUCGUGAUUGAUUUUUAAAACGAGCUAAAAUAAAGACUAGUGAUGUGUGGUGAGCUCAUAUCAAAAGAUUAUGGACAACCUGGCUAAUUGGACUAAUGGUAUCAUCAAUGUGACAACACCAGUACCGGCACAGAACUGUGUAUCCAGUUCGUCAGGUUCAGAAUCAGUCAGCAAGCUCCUGAUCAUUGCACCUUCGUGGGAUGCAGUGAACCAGGAUUUGAGAUGGAUCUUCCUACUACAUACCUAUGGCUUUGCCUGCCUCUUUUUUGUGCUCAGCUUCUACACAUUUUUUUCCAUACUAAAUUUAAGAUCUCUAAUUUCAAGCCGCCCUUUCAUGUCAACAAUAAAUAUAUUUCUCUGUGUUCUGGGAGCUUCAAGAUCUGGCUGUUUAUUCAUAGAUCCAUACAAUCUCAAAGAGACUAUGCCACGAGUUAUUGGCUCGAUAAUGUGGGACAUUGGAUUCCCAUGCGUGACUUCUGCUUUUUGCCUGAUCCAGUUGGCUUUUCUACAAUUGACACAGCUCAAAUUUGGCCCUGAAAAGCUGCAGAAAGAAUCUUGCCUUAGUCUCAUUAUUACGGCUCAUUUUUCCUGCAUUAUAGCAAGUGAUGGUGUACUUGCUUUUCACAACCACUAUAUAUCAAAGUAUGUGAUUCAAACUAUAUUCCUCUUGUGGAGCAUCAUGCUGUACUUGACAUUUUUGCAUGCUGGCUACAAGGUCAUGCAUCUGCUAAGAACUGUGCCAAAUAGUAUGCUAACGCGGGAUAAUUCUCACAUUAAUCAAAAAGGAAUAAUGCAGCUAGCUAUGCUUGCGCCAUAUAACAAUUUGGCAACAUCCGUAGCUGCAGCUCUUGUACCAACUUUGCUUGGCCCUAAGCUGAAAGCAUCAGCCGAGAAUACCAUACCCGGGAGUAUUAUUAGAGAUUCCGAGCUUAAUCAAAGUUUGAAAGCUCAAUCAGUAAAUAAAAUUCCGAAAAGUCCAGACUCAAAUCGCAGAGAGCAGAUUGAAUCAUCUGUUUCUGCAAGCGUUCAGUCACCUGAAAUAACAAAGACUCAUCAGCCAAUCCCACAAAUCACUACGGUACCAGAGGUAUAUGUUCGUCCUCCAACGCCAACACCGUCAACAAUCAAUCUACCAAUCAUCACAGUUUCCAGCCCAAGUAGAAGGAGUUCUCUGGCAAGUAGGCGAGGCAGCGAUAUAUCUGGAUCAUCGAGACGUAACUCCGAAUGCAGCGUUAGAUUCAUCAACGAAGAAGAAGAACCAUCACCCUCAAGGGAAUCACGACGUCACUCAGAGUUCAACAUCAAACAACCGACUGGGACAGAAAGGCCAAGAACGCCAGAGAGCAUAUUACGAAGACAUUCAGAAAACAUUACACCAACAAGCAGCACUAAGGACUUGAGAAGAUGCUCUGAUUUUACUCACGAAAAAAAUCGUAGCUCACAAUUUGCGACUAAAUUAAGACGGAAUAGUGAUUUUGGUAACAGAACACCAAAGAGAUUGCUUUUAACAGAAGAGCAAAGAUUGCCAAGUGUGCGGGAUCACAGCCCUACAGGUUCAAGACGAAAUUCGGACAUUGGUAGCAUGACUGCAACAAAAUUCGACUCGCGAAGAAACUCUGAAUUUUCUUGUCGUCGCAAUUCCGAAUUCUUUCAAAUUAAACCUUUGAUAAUAAAUCGUGGUAAUAGCGACAUAAGUAUUAGAACACUGGACAAAAGUCCAACCCAUUAUAACAGUAUUGUUCCUGAAAAACCCGAGCUACAAGAAAAAUCGGAAUCUGAUUCCGAUCAGCCAGAUUGUAAUGAGGAAGCAGCUUUAAUGAAUAAUAAACCUGGCCAUAAUAAGUUGAAUGAAAAAGAAGAAGUUGCGAAAACACGUAAGAAAAAUUUAUCAUGGAAAAAUGACAAAAGCAAAGAAGACCAUGAAGAAAUAACAGCAGAAAGCAGUUUACUACCAGAUAAUGUGGCAUCUGAAAGCAGAAUUACGGCAUCUGAUUUUACACUUCACUCAAUAUUGAAUCAUAUUGCAUAUGUAAAUAGAGCUAAGUCUGAUACACCGUUGCAUAUCCCCGAAGCUGAUACUGCAGCAGCACGCAAAUCACAAAUACGAAGAGUAUUGAAUGUAACAUAUGCCGCAGCUAUUUUGGGAAUAAUUCUGUGUGUUGCAGAUAUAGGCAGGAUAUUUGGGCCCUAUGGACUCCUAGCAGAAACUAUUAAGAUUGGCGACAAACACUUACCAGUACAAUUUCCAAAGCCAUGGCCUUGGUUAUUAUAUCAAACUUUGUGCCGGGCAUUAGAAUUAAUAAUGGGUUGUGCUAUGGCAAGCAUAACUAAGCAGCCAUCGGUAAGCCCUCGUUAUCAAUAUUUAAAUAGCUAUCCCAGCUACAGUUUACGCAUGAAGCAAAGAGAAAAGCUUUACAUAUAAAGCAAUAUCCAAUUUGGUUCUGAAAUAGACUGAGGAAAUAAGAGAAAGUAUAUCUCGACUGCCCAUGGGAAUUCAAAAAGUAUCCGGGACUUUGAGAUUUAUCUGUUAGAUUGAAUCACUAUUUUCACUGCUAAAGGCUGACAGAGCACACUCCUUACAUUAUACAAGUUCACGGCCAAACUAUAAUACACAUGAAAAAUUGUCACGCGUACAAAGUUCAAAGUCCUUUAGGAAUUUCGAAUGGUACUCCAAUAACAUAAUUAAGAAUGAGAAGAUUAGUGGUGUGCAGUAUUAGUAGCUACCUUCCCAUACAUACAUAUAUGUUUUUAUCUCAGAACAAUAAGUUCAAUUUCCUCAAUCUUUCCCUGAGCAUAACUUAUUCUACACAUUCCGUGUAGAUAUUGGAACUUACGCAAUUUUAGAAUCCAAAUGUCAUUACGCUGACAAAAGAUGUACAGAGCUCGAAUCCAUGAAAGAUUAAUGAAAUGGAAAAGCACUGAAUUUAGCCAAAUUAUAGCAAUAGAUCUCUGUGACGUUCUAAAACAGUAAAUGUGUUCAACCGACGUAUACUCAACGUUAAAUAACUACCAAAAAAUAUCGCUUCAAACAUAAUAAUCUCUCCGAAGAAAUGUAUUUUGAUCGAUAGUUAUAUUUUUAACAUUAGAUUUAGUUAUCAAAUAAAACUUUAUCCUGAUCCGUACGUAUAUCGGAAUUUUCUAAGACUCUCCAAUGGUCCAAAGAAAACUAACUAUAAAAUCGAAAGAAAGAAGAAUAUUUAAAAGAAAAUCUAAUGAUACAAUAUUUCCAAUUUGUGGACAUUCUUCAAAACUAUUGCGGUUCAUUUUAAUAAUUCAGAUAUCAUUUUUUGAAGCCGCAAUAAUGAUAGACUGUAUAUAACCCAAAAGCUUUAACUUAGUUUAGUCACUGGUAGGGAGUAAGGGAGUAAUAAUAUCAUGUGACAAAAUAUCCUUUACACCUUAGGCAGUCCCUUUGAAGUGCCCUAUUCUUGGAUGUUCAACAAAAUAAUAUUUAAUACUAAAAUUUGGUGUCUACGUGGUUAAAACUACAAAUCAAACUUGUAACUGUGUUGUGAUCCUACAUGUGAUAUCAUACGCGUUUAGAUGUCUACUAAUAAGACCUCGUUGUGCUCGCGUAAGCUUGUAACUUUCCAGCCAACGUUCGUCAUUUAAGUUACUUAAAUAAAUGAUACUACUCUAUUCUUGAAACUACAGUAUCUUGAAUAAAAUUAUAAUUUUAAAUCGAGAUAAUUAUCCUAUGCGAAGUCAUGGUCAACCAAAGUGUAAACAGAUAGUACAAAGAUAAAUUGAUACAAUGUUUGCAGGUAUUCUUAUAUCAUCGCCGAAUAUCUGUUACUCUUAAAUUGUUCUUCGACAGUUAUCAGAGAUCAACAAGUUCAGCCCAGUUAUAAUCUUACACAAGCGUAAACGAUUCGGGUCUUUACUUGUAGAAUAGGCAGUUAAAUUAGGUAAAAAUAUAUGAUCAAUGUUCAAUGUGCCAAAUAUACGUGUUAUCUAUUUUAAAUGUUUAUGGUAAACAAUAUUAGUAUUUAAAAAGUCUAAAAAAAAAGAUAAGGAAAAAAAAUAGAAAAGUAAUGAAAAAAGAUCCACACAUAUUACUCGAAACCAUUCAUACAAAUAAUUAUUUAUAUAUAAUAUAGUGUAUAAAUAUAAUUGAGUGUGAAAUAUUGACAGAAGUACAUCAAUGGGAGGGAUUUGCACACUAUGAGGUAGCAUGUGAAUGACUAUUUUUAUCAAUAGACAAGCAAAAUCAGUAUUUCCAAUAUCCCCUUGUUGAUCAUAUUUUCUAUUGCUUCAAAUAUUCAAGUUCAUGAUAAGACAAUAUUAUUAGAUACAUGGUAAUAGCUCUAACUUAAUUUCUAACGCAGCAAUCAACAAUGAAAUAAAAUAUCAGUUUUGCGGAAAAAAAAAAAAAAAAUUCGAAAAGGCGACAUGGAUAGAUUUCUAGAAUCAUAGUAAAAUGUGCGCUGUUGAUCACUGAAACCAGGAUUAAGGACUAGCCAUCCUUCCUCGUUGAUAUUAAUAAUAAUGGCUAUUCGGAUGAAGCCAUAAAUUAUGUAAAUAGUAAAAAAAAUCAACAGUAUUUAUUCACUGAUUAAAUAAUGUAUGUUCACAGUAGAUUUAUGAAAACACGAUUUCAGAGUAUGCCCACCAAAUGUUUAAUGUACACAACAUAUUAAAUGCAGUUUCAAAGGUAUUAUAUUGCAAAUUGUGAUGCCAAAUUUUUAAUUCAACUGAUAGUUCAUUCUUGUUGCAUUCAUCGAUCCAUAAAAAUGAUUAGUUUGCCAUAGAUUGAUAUUCGUUUAAGAAAUCUUUUUUCGAUACUCUGAUUAUAAUGUAUAAAUCAUAGAGUUAUAAUAUGACAAGCCAUAAAGAUAGCACGUUUUAGAAUUGUUAGAAGCUAGCUGGCAAACUGUUUUUUCGCCAAAUUUAACUUUGAAAAUUGAUCAAAUAAGUACAACACAGUUGACAUGAACUAAAUAAAAUUUUACAAAAUAA